UGGGUCUGAUCAGCUGAUCGGAAUUUUCCUCUAGUCUCCGUCAGUGAAGGGGAAGACUGAGGCCGUGGGUAGCGUGUUGUCUGGCUGUGUCUACUUAAUUCCCGUAAUAUUUUGAAGGAAGUUGUGACCAACAUCACUACCACACACCAUGAACGGCCUAGAGAAGAAUAUUAUCAACAGGAAAGUGAGCAAAUUACCAUCCCCGGGGGAGUGUCGUGAAAUAUGGAGGUCAACUGAUGCUGUCUGCUUUGAUGUGGACUCUACCGUUAUUAUUGAUGAAGGUCUCGACCAGCUGGCCAGUUUCUGUGGCAAAGCUGACGAGGUUAAAAAGCUGACAGUACAAGCAAUGCAGGGAGGAAUGGAGUUUAGAACCGCUCUGCGUGCAAGACUUGACUUGUUGCAGCCAAAGCUUUCAACUAUACAGAAGUUCACCAGAUCAAACCUUCCAAAGCUCACCAAGGAUAUUGACCGCCUGGUAGCCGCCCUACAAGCUCGUGAUGUUGACGUGUAUCUCGUGUCUGGCGGGUUCAGGUCCCUCAUCGCCCCAGUAGCCAAGAUGCUCAACAUACCACUCGAGAACAUCUUUGCAAAUAGAUUAAAAUUCUUCUUCGAUGGUGAAUACGGUGGUUUUGAUGAAACUCAACUGACGAGCAGAUCAGGGGGUAAAGCCGAGGUCAUCUCAUGGCUAAAGAAGAGAGAAGGUUACUCAAGCGUCGUCAUGAUUGGUGACGGAGCAACAGACAUGGAAGCUUGUCCACCAGCUGAUGCCUUUAUUGGGUUUGGUGGAAACAUUGUGAGAGAAGCGGUGAGGGACACAGCAACCUGGUUUGUUUAUGAUUUUGCAACUCUCAUUAAUGAGUUAGAAAGUGAAGAUUAGCAGAUCCUCAAAAGAAAUCUUUGUUGACACAAGUCUUCUACAGUAAACUUUAUAUCCUAAGCUGGCCAAUAUUUUAUAUAUUUUAUUACAAGCUGGUUGGGGUAAGCAGGUGAAGCAAAUCUUGUAAUAUUUUCUUGUACAAAGACUCUGAUUAAUGUCCAUUUCAACUGAAUGUGGAUUGUGAUUUAAUAGCUUAAUUUUCUGAUGUGUUCUAGGAGACCAAUAUUAAAUGCUGUUUAAGUAUACUCCGAAAACCGACAUCCCAAUAACCCCUGAUUCGCAUAACUGACGAUUACAUAUUGGGGAAAUACCCCGCAUGCUUCAUUGAGUACCCCGUUGAUCAGACCAAAUACUACUGUAAUCUUAACUUAAAUCACAAAUUUACCUAAAAAAAAAAUCAUUUAAAGCUUACUCAUGAUUUAUACCAAGAUAUUUUACUUUUGUUAUUGCACUUCAGUGCACUUCAGACAAAUAAUUUUAAUAUUUUUUUUAUUAGUAGUGUGUACAGUAUGUGUAGCCUUUAUGAACUGUGUUGGUGAGGCAAGAUAAACUAAAUUAUUCUAUUUUCAUCUGACAUCAGUUCAGGGAAGGAUGACCACAUGUGGUGACUGUACUGUACUGUUCAUCCUUUUGUGCUAUUUGUAGAGAGGAUAGUAAUAUGUCUCCUAGGAGACCAGCAGGCAGUGGAAAUGGUUGUAAUGCAGCAAAAUGUAAGCAUGUGACAUUAACUAUUUUAGAAAUGAUGCCAAUACUGAACCGGUCUGGUCCCAAGCUUCCCGGAUUAGUGAGGUCCAACCUGUACAAUAAUUCUGCAAACAUAAAUUUUAAACUGUAUCAUAAUCUCAAGGGUUUAUCUCAGUAAACUAACUUGAAACUUAAUAUAUAUGUGACGUGCCAACUGAUGCAUAUUGUGAUGUUGUGAUGCAUAUUGUGUGUUAUAAAACUACAGUAGUGAGUGUUUGUUGUGGUACUGUACCCUGUUAAGAAAAACCUUCCAUACAUGUAAUAGUUUUGUAUAAGUAGCCUAGAGUACAGUAGUAAGUUCCCUUAGAGGGAUAGACUAUUAUUUCUACACUGUUGUAUUGAUGCUUGUACAGUAUAAAGAAACAAUGAGUGUCAAGAACAAGUGUUUAAUGCAAGUUAUAGAAUGAAGUUGUCAGAUUUUGAAUGAAAGAUUAAAAGAGAAGUUUGUAGACAUGAAGGAAAAAUCUAGGGAGUUGUUUAGAAUAAGGAUGGAUGGAAGGUUUUAGGUUGUUAGGUGAACCGUAAAUGGCAGCUAUCAUUUGUGGAAGUUUCCAGUUCCUUUGUGUUCAAUAUUUGUGCAAAUUGGGGUGGGAGAAGGGGUGAGAAAUCAUUUGCUGCCAGUUAAGGAUUGAAGAGGUUGUAACUAAGACUUAUCUACUGAAAAUCAUUCAGUAUAUGGCCAAAUUGCAGCAACUGAGCAUUGCAAUUAAUACAAAUAAAAGUUUAGGGAUUUAGUGAAAUUAAGUUUAUAAAAUUUAUAUUAUGUGAUAUAGUACAGCAUAUGAAUAGGAACAAUAAAAGUUGAUGUAGGUGCCAGAUCAAUCAGUCAGUGUUACCAGCAGCCAGAGUAGUGUAGGAAUAGACAAAUACAGGAUGGAGUUGUAUGGCAAAUGAGAGACUGGCAAAGUAAAUUCAGGAAAAGUGUUGUUUCUAAAGUUUAAAAAGUUAUGGUAUGUGUAAAAUGCAUAUUACUGUACUUUAACAUGACAAAACGGGUUAAAUUUAAUUAGUCUAUAAAAUAUUUCUAUAUCUUUAAUAUACUGUAUUAGACAAAUGAACAUACAAAUGUGCAGUUUAUCUACAGUAGGUAUUUUAUUUAUUUUUGUUAUAGAAACACUCCCCAUAAACAGUAGGUAGCCCGUAGAACAUUUAGACAAUUCUCUACCUCCAUCCAUGUUUGUGCCAGUGUUUAGUAUGACUGUGGUGACUAGCAACUAUGGUGACUGCAGCCAUUAUCUACACAGUACUGUAUGUGCAAUGUUUUGAUGUAACCUGAUACAUUAGUGAUGAAGGGAGCUAUGAGAACUUAACCUUACUGAUCUACCACCUGUGAAAUGUCUUGUUGAAGGAUUUAGAAGGAAUUGGAUGGCUGCAGUGGUCAUAAUCGCACCUCGUGGGUGAUAUAUACAAUGCAGUAUUAUGAUGAUACGAGAGAUUAGUUAUACUAUGUCACAGUUAUUAGUAAAGUGAGACAUAAUUAUACUUGAUAUGUCUAAUAGUCAUAUAAGUGAGGUGAAUGAUAUGCAUAAUGCUUUUAUAUGAGAUGAGUGAUAUGCAUAAUGCUUUUAUAUGAGAUGAGUGAUAUGUUUUAUGAUUAUACUCGAGACGAGUACAGUAAUGCAAUUGCACCUGAAGUGAUAUUCAUUAUGAUUAUAUGCGAGAUGAUGAGUAUUAUACACAAGUCAUAUCAACAGUGUCAGGAGGAAGCUUCAACAUUGCUGAAUUAUACUGGGCAAAAAGCCUCAUUGAACUUGUGAGAAUGCAAAAAAAAAAAAUCAAUAGAUUUCAACUGACUGCUGAUGCUAACUUUCAGGAAAUAUGUUUCAGUAUCACAUCAAAUUAGCUUUCAACAACUUAACCUACCCAUCAUAAGCUAAUGUACCUUAGUGAUGCUACUAAGGGUGGGUUAGGUAUUAUUUGGCCAUCAGCAACAUACACUGGUGUACAAUACUUCACUUGAUAAUUUUACUAUACAGUAAUUCAGAAUGAGAGAAUGUGUUGCAAUGGAUGUUGUAUGAGUGUGUUGAUGUGCUUCCUUUAUAGAUAGUAGUGGUGUUUACUGUAGUGAAACAGAGCUGUAAUGUUCAACUUGAAUGAUGUAAUUACUGAAGUUGGCAAACAAAAAUCAGGUACAAUAUUGUAAUACACUGUUGUGUAUAAUUUCUUAUCAGGUUACUUUGAGAGUGAUCAUUAUUUUUCAUAGUUAAGGUUCCAUGUAUAAAUAUACAGGAAUUUCACUUGUGAUGGGGUAAAAUCACUUCAAAAGUGUCUCAUCACCUCUCACUCUCAUCUCCAGUUCAUGUAACACUUAAAAUCCAAGCAGCUUUAUAAUUCAUAAAACACCAAGGUACAAUCAAUUGUCUCAAAUUUCCUAAUUGUAUCAUAAUUCAGUCAGUCAUGGCACCACCCUCAAGUCUCAGGACUGGUAGCCAUCAUCUUUCACCUAAUCAUUUUAUGGGCCAUCACCAGUCCUUCCAGACAAAACUUUAAAUUUCAGUCAGCCAUCUCAGUCUCUGCCUUACCCUGGUCUUCAAUGAUAGCAGCACCUCCUUCCUUCCUCUGGUCCCGAGUGAUAUCAGCAGCACCUCCUUCCCCUAGUCUUCAAUGAUGGCAGUACCUCCUUCCUUCCUCUGAUCUUCAAUGGUAGCAGCACCUCCUUUCUUCCCCUGGUCCUUCAAGAGAGCACCACCUUAAUGCAGCCAAAAUCUCUUCAUGUUUCAGAUUUAAAUUACAGCACUUCAAAAUAUUUACUAUACGUACAGUAAUCCUAAAACAGUCUCGGGCACCACUAAACUUCCCAUUUAUUACCAGCAAUGUCUUUUCAAUCAGACAAGGCAGAGCAACUUUUAAAGCUAUUUCAUUUGCAAAAAGUUAGCAAAGAAAUAUGUUCAAAAUGCCUUUCUGUACUUGGACGUUUUGCCCAUAGACUAGUGGUUCAUUCACUGCCUCACAUCCCAUCACUUGGUGUCAAGCUGCUGACAAAGUGUUGUAAAAUACCCCGGUUUCUUUUAAGACAUUAUAUUACAAACUAAUGUGUUCACUAAUGUACAGAACUCAAAUUCUUAGAAUACUAGAGUGCAAUCACUCAUAUUUUAAGUUAAUUUACUAGUAAUCAUAAGUAAAUUGUGAUAGAGAUUCUUGAUGUUGUAAGCUGUGAUCUUCUUUGAGUUGUGAUAUCAAGAGUAGGAAAGAACUUAGUAUUAGAAUAGAACAAUAUUUGUUAACUGGAGUAGUGAAGAAGUGUCACCAUUUCAAAUGCCAUACAGGGUUCCCACCGUACCAGGGAAAAUUAAAAUAUACUAUAUCUAAUAA